AUAUGAAUUAGGCCAUCAGAGCAUUUGGAUUUUUUUUUCUCUCUCGUUACUCCCCUCAAUUAUUCUUUCGUAGUUUUGCAAUGUGAGAAACGUCUGCUCUUCCACCAAGGUUAGCCUGUCUUUCAGUUUCUGGGUUUCUAUUUUUUUUUUUAGGUCCCGCAAAACGAUUCUAUUCGACCAAGAUGUCUUCGGAGAAAUCGCGCUCUGGAAGCGAGGAGUGCGAAAAAAGCCGCUCCGAGCCGCGCGCUCUGCCGCUGUCGAUCCAGGAUCGCAGGAACGAUGGAAUUUGCCUUUUGCCAUUUGAAGACAUUCCGGACUGGUAUCAAGACAACCCAUGGAUUCGAAGGGGAUAUCGUCCUGUAUCCAACUCUGCCAAGACAUGCAUUCGGAGCUGGGCUGGCUUACACAAUGAGCUGGUCAAUAUCCACUCCCAUUUGUUCGCAGCCAUAGCGUUUCUUUUGGCCGAAGCCUACAUACUGGAGCCUCUCCAUCGAAGAUACUCGGGGGUAUCUGCUGGGGAUUACGCUGUCCUGGCCAUCUUUCUCUUGACCGCAACCACCUGUUUUGGCUUCUCUGCUGCCUACCAUACCUUGAUCAACCAUUCUCAGAAAGUAGAGGCGAUAUGGCUACGCUUGGAUUUCGUCGGCAUCAUUCUCUUGAUUGUGGGAUCUUUCAUAUCUGGUAUUUACGUAGGCUUCUGGUGCGAGCAACUCGAAAAGACUAUAUAUUGGGGAAUGACAGGUGGUCUUGGUGCGAUUUCUAUCUUCGUGAUGGUGCACCCGAGAUUUCAAGGGUUAAAAUGGAGAACAUUCCGUCUCCUUACUCUUGUGAGCACCGGCUUGUCCGGUAUUGCCCCUAUUGCCCAUGGCAUUUAUAAGUUCGGGUUUCCGCAAAUGGCCCUGCAGUCCGGCUUGCCAUACUAUUUAGCGGAAGGCGGCCUGUUCUUGGUCGCAGCUGUGAUAUAUGCGACGAGGUUUCCCGAGUGCAUCAAGCCAGGAACAUUCGAUAUUUGGGGGUCAUCUCAUCAGAUCUUCCACAUCAUAGUCGUCUUUGCUACAAUCGUCCAUCUGGUUGGAGUGCUUACCGCAUAUGAUUACAACUACAACAAUCGUCAAUGCGCGGCACACGUUGGCCACUGAUUCGAGGGACAUACGAGGACUGCACAAAUCAUGACAACGAUACUUCAAAGUUUGCUCUCAGUUAAACAGCAUGUUGCCAGUGUGUGCCUACGUGCGAUUGAUGCGUCCGGUAAUUGCAACAGCAAGAGCCGUUGUAGGUGAAUCCACAUCGACCAUGUUCAGAAAAACGUUCAGGCUUACUGCUCCGGGUGGAUCGGAGCGAUUGACUGUUCAAGGUAACGAGCGUUGCGUUUGUCAGCCCUGCAGCCCCGCAUGAUUGCUACCCCGUAGAUGGAAUGCUAUAGUCACGAGGCUGCGUAAUUUAUCAG